CCCAAAUCCAAACCAACUCCUACGCGCACACGCCCGAGCACCACGACCAUCUCGCACCAUACAGCUCGAGCCCGACCGACGCCCACCUAGACGCGGCUCGGCAGUCGGCAGUCGUCAGUCGUCUCAGCUCCCUCCCUCCCCACAUCGAUCCCGCCCACCUCUCUCCGCCAGACGCCUCGCGCCGCGCGAUCCGAUCCGACCAGAUCUCGCGCCGGCGGCAGCUGCGGCGGCCAUGGAGAACCUGAUCUCUCUCGUCAACAAGCUGCAGCGCGCCUGCACCGCCCUCGGCGACCACGGCGAGGACAGCGCCCUGCCCACCCUCUGGGACUCGCUCCCGGCCAUUGCCGUCGUCGGAGGCCAGAGUUCUGGUAAAUCUUCAGUGCUUGAGAGCGUCGUGGGGAAGGAUUUCCUACCCAGGGGUUCAGGCAUUGUCACUCGUCGUCCGCUGGUCCUGCAGCUCCAUAGGAUUGAUGGGGAUAGGGAGUAUGCAGAGUUCAUGCAUCUUCCUAGGAAGAGAUUCACAGAUUUCGCCCUCGUGAGAAAGGAGAUAGCCGACGAAACUGAUAGAGAAACCGGUCGUUCAAAGCAGAUAUCAUCCGUCCCUAUACAUUUAAGCAUAUUUUCUCCAAAUGUCGUGAAUCUGACUCUUAUUGAUCUUCCGGGGCUUACUAAAGUUGCUGUUGAGGGCCAGUCCGAGGGCAUUGUUCAGGAUAUUGAAAACAUGGUCCGAGCAUUCAUUGAGAAGCCCAAUUGUAUCAUUCUGGCUGUUUCUCCGGCCAAUCAGGAUCUUGCAACUUCUGACGCAAUCAAGAUUUCAAGAGAAGUUGAUCCAAAAGGUGAAAGAACCUUUGGGGUGCUCACAAAAAUUGAUCUAAUGGACAAGGGUACCGAUGCUGUUGAUAUACUAGAAGGAAGAUCAUACCGUCUCCAAUUUCCAUGGAUUGGCGUUGUCAAUCGAUCCCAGCAAGACAUCAACAAAAAUGUGGACAUGAUUGCUGCUAGGCGUAGAGAGCGUGAAUACUUUGCAACUACACCUGAAUACAAGCACCUUGCUCAUAGAAUGGGAUCAGAGCAUUUAGGAAAGAGUCUCUCAAAGCAUUUGGAAUCUGUUAUUAAAUCAAGGAUCCCAGGUCUCCAAUCUCUUAUAACGAAGACAAUUGCAGAGCUGGAAACAGAACUUAAACGACUUGGAAAGCCCAUUGCUAAUGAUGCUGGGGGAAAGCUGUACACGAUUAUGGAAAUAUGCCGCAUGUUUGACGGAAUAUACAAAGAGCAUCUAGAUGGAGUGCGCCCCGGUGGUGAGAAAGUUUACCAUGUCUUCGACAAUCAAUUUCCUGUGGCAAUUAAACGGUUACAGUUUGAUAAGCAACUGUCAAUGGAAAAUGUGAGGAAGCUCAUAACAGAAGCUGAUGGAUACCAGCCACACUUGAUAGCUCCAGAGCAGGGCUACCGGCGCCUCAUAGAAUCUUGUCUUGUUAGUAUCAGAGGUCCUGCUGAGGCAGCUGUUGAUGCGGUCCAUGGAAUCCUCAAGGAACUAGUCCACAAGGCUAUCAAUGAAACACAUGAGCUUAAGCAGUUUCCCACUCUUCGGGUGGAAGUUGGCAAUGCGGCCUUCGAGUCAUUGGACAGAAUGAGGGAUGAAAGCAAGAAAAACACAUUAAAGCUAGUUGAUAUGGAAACAAGCUACUUAACUGUAGAUUUCUUCAGGAAGCUUCCUCAGGAUGUUGAGAAGGGUGGAAAUCCAAGCCACUCUAUUUUUGAUAGAUAUAAUGAUUCGUAUCUUAGACGAAUUGGAACGACUGUUCUGGCCUAUGUUAAUAUGGUAUGUUCAACCUUGAGGAACUCCAUCCCAAAAUCUAUUGUCUAUUGUCAAGUCCGGGAGGCGAAGCGCUCACUGCUUGAUCAUUUCUUUACUGAAUUGGGGGCAAGAGAGAUUAAGCAACUUUCAAAGCUUCUUGAUGAGGACCCCGCGGUUAUGGAACGAAGGACAAACCUUGCAAAGAGGCUCGAGCUAUACCGGAGCGCUCAGGCAGAGAUUGACGCAGUUGCGUGGUCGAAAUAGUCUUGGUUGCUGAAGUUCACCUUUUGCCCUUGUUCGAUGAUUCUCUCCCCUAUCCCUGGGGCAUAUAUAGCUGAUUCUUUGUGAUGUUUAUGCUUGAGGAUCUAGUAGGUUCUAGCUGCUGUACCUUUUUUUGUAUCACGAACAAGUUGGCAUAUUAUGUUUUUCAUAAUGCAAAUCCACUCUUGUUUUCGUCUUUA